CGUAAGUCGGAGUACGCUGCAAUUCUAGGUUGUUCUUUCGCCGGUCAAAUGCUGCAGCCCGUCAGUUGGAUUUCAUCAGCCAGUGAGCGCCUAAAGAGAUUUCCUUCUGGGUAGUGUUAUGUUUCGGAUCAGUCGUUAUUCGGCGUCUCAAGGAAUGAGAACAGCGGCUAAAUAUCGGACAGUGACUUUAUAGAACAAGUGAUAAUAGGAAAUCUAUUGCAUGGCAGAUUAUGAGCGUACUGAAAAGCGUUAUCAUCACUCUGCCUAAGGGCAUGUCGAAGGCACCUGGCGUUAUCUCGAUUAACGACUUACCAAAAACUGUGCCGAAAUUCAAUUUUACAUCUGCUUUGAAUGAUAAAUUGAAGAUGGAACCGAAGAAGAUGAUUAAGCACGAUGAAAUUCAGGAUGUUUGUGUCCGUGGAAAGAAACGACGACUGGACCAUCUAACCUGGGAAGAAAAAUUGCAAAGAAAGAAAUUAAAAAACAGGGUAGCGGCUCAAACGUCUCGGGACCGGAAGAAAGCUAAACUCGACGAGUUGGAAGACACUGUUAGGACCUUAAGGGAACAAAAUGAAUUGUUAUCGCAGGAAUGUGCUAUGCUGAGGUCGCAGAACGAGUUGUUGGUCACUGAAACAAAAAGGAUAAGGAAGGAGAAAGAAGGAAAAAAAUCGGAAGAAUUCGUUUGCUCCAUGUGCCAGAGUCGUGUCGGCUGUGCUGUAUCCUCGCUGGGAUCUGCAGUAUCCCCCUCUCACCCUCUGCAGCAGGGUGGAACAAUACAGCUGGCACCGUCACUGACGCUAACCCCAGGAGCAGCAAUUCUUCUGAAGAUACUGACCAUCUACCUCCUCUUGAAGAACUGUUUGGCGACCUCCAAGGAGACGAUUACAUCGAACGACUUGAAGAACUUGCAGAAAGUCUUCUGCGAGAAGUUACCGCCGAAGUGGAAGCAAAUUCUAAUAGAACAAAUGAACAAGUGUCAGUCAAGGAAGAUACCGGUGAGAAACGUGACAAUUCAAAAGGAAUGGUGGGGCAGGCAUCAAAAGAUGUGGAAGCCAGUAGAACCUGUAGAAGCCUAAGUACGCAUCAAUCAUGGCAUCCUGUUUCUAGCACAGACAGCGCACAUUUUACUACAAACAUAACGGCACCAGUACCGGUGAAAUCAGAAGUCGAAG